AUGACAACGUUGAAGACAAGGGCCGAUGCGUGGUGUCUCCGCCCUUGCCGCCUCUCCGCCCCUCUCCCUCUCGGCCUCACCCUGGCUCUCACUGAUCUGCCUGGCUCCAAGGCUCGGAAACUCCCUGGCAAGCCUGGGCUCCGGUGGCUUGAUGCAGUAGAAAUACAGCCAUGGAGGGGGGCUCUCACCCUCGAAGCCCUUCUCGACUUUGCGAUUUGCAGACCAUCGCAUUCAUUGCAUCCUGCUCAUGUUGUCGGAGACGAGUCGCGCGUCAUGGCUGCUGCCGCGCUGGCCUUCCCUAAUUUCCCUGUAGGCCCAACGCUCGCAGAUCUUGGGUUUGAAACUCUGGAUUUGUUCCAGCAAGUGCAGGCGACAGACUAUCCCGGUUCUGCGGAAGAUGGAUCCGCCGAGUCCUUCGCGGACGAGGCCGAGCGGUUCGAGCUCUGGGCUGUGAAUCUCGGGCUCUUCGUUGGAGGUCACGGAUCUCUCGACUACCGUGUUCGGGAGGCAGACAAACUGGCCCAGACAAUUAGACGAUUUAUGAGAGAGCUCAACGAGUCGCUUGCAGAAGUAAUCGAGAUCCUCACGGGGAGCAAUCAUAAGGAUGCGCUAGACGAGGACGAAGCCGAAGGGCCUGACGAAGACCAGGACGCGGACACCUUGGAUCAAGCUGAGAAUGGCGCAACUAAGGACGUACAAGAUGCGGCAGACGAUGAGGACGAGGACGAGGGUGACGCCGACGAGUCUGACCUCGAUAUCUUGGUGGAUGAUGUGCGCGACUCCAUUGACCGUCUUUACAAAGUCUCCACCAAGAUCCGGUCACCGUCUUCCAGACUUGGGUCGUCGAGAGCAGCCAAGCAUCAACAGGUUGACGAGGACACCGGCGUUGAUUUCCUGAAGGUCGUCGAGCAGGUUGACUGCGAUCACAUCCGAGCGCUGUUCUUUCAGUACCAGGUUUCGAGAGUUCUCCAAGAACACGAACCGAGCGAACCCAAAGACAGUGCUUUUGGAACAGAGGAAGAUGACGGUGUAUGGGAACCCAUCCGGACCGUUCUGACUGAGAGCCGAACCUACAACUCCUUCCUGAUCAAGCGGUUGGGUCAUGCGAACACGCGCCGCCGACAGCAAUUUGCUUACUGGAAGAAGCACCGCGACAAGCUUCUCCAUCAUGCGCGAGCCUCCAUUUCCUCCCAGAGCGCCAUGACGCCCCGCGACGAGACCCCUUCCCGCCCAUCGGUUGGCAGGCACUUGUCCAGCGACAUGACACCCCCCGUCAUGAGUGAGCUGGCUCCUCCAGUUCUGGCAGCUCCAUCGGUGACGACAGCCACCAACCUGAAUGCUGCCAAGUUUGAGACCAUGGACGCGCGCUCUGUCAUCUCGGUUUCUGAAUACGCAGUGUCGACGUGGCAGCCGGCAAGAGAUGCUGUUGCCUUUCCCCCGGCGCCCAAGGACCAGUCAGGGGACAAGUUCUUCGAGUGUCCGUACUGCUUCACAUUCUGCCCCAGGGGCACCUUGGCCGACAAGGCAUGGAAGGCGCACAUGAUCCAUGAUCUCCGCCCUUACAUAUGCACGUAUGAGGACUGCAAGAACCCGGACCAGCUGUAUGACAAUCGCCAGGACUGGGAGCAGCACGAGAACUCUUGUCACAGAAGGGUGUGGAGGUGUCCAGAACACAGCGACCUUGCUUACACCGAGCUGCAUGCCUAUCAAGACCACCUUCGAAAUCAACACGGCGAGGUCGGUGACGACGCUUCGAUAAGCCGGAUCGUCCGAGCCAGCGAGUCGACCUUGAGCGCGACCGACCGCCCGUGUCCCAUAUGCUCGAUCGUGCUUGAGACCCCCAGGGCCAUGCAAAGCCAUAUCGCGCUCCAUCUAGAACGCUUCUCGCUGUUUUCACUUCCGCGCUCUGUAGUCUGCGCGGAUGACGAGAUGUCAGAUUCUGGAUCUGAUGUGGCCAACGGCACUCUCGAGGCUUCGAGAGAUGAGGAUUUUGAGGGUGAUCUGGACAAUCUUGGAAGUGAAACAGACGAUGAAGCUGGAGAGAGGAAGAAUGAGACGGCGGAGACCUCUCAGACCGAGCACGCGGAAGCAACAGCCCAACAACCAAGUGACGCCCCGAAGCUUCAGUUGACGGAGGGCGCGAUUCACAAACUUAAUACGCAAGCUGCUAUUUCUGAGCCGGAUAAAGAGGCAGCGCCUACAGCUAGUCUUGCUGUUACUGCGUCGACAGCCAAGGUCUUUGAGGAACACGAUUCCCCGGUUUACAUGAUGGUGUUCUCCCCUGACGAUAAACGGAUCGUCUCCGUCUCGGAUGACAGAGUUGUACGAUUUUGGGACCUGGAAGACGGUAGGCCUCUCCCGUCUUUCGAAGGUCACAAAAAGGGCUUUAGAUCUGUCGCAUGGUCGCCAGACGGAAGGAUCAUUGCAUCUGGCUCUUAUGACAAAACGAUCAAGCUCUGGGACGUAGACACAGGAGCAUGCUUGCACACAUUGACUGGACACAACGGAGCUGUGGCAGGCCUCGGGUUUACUUCCGACAGCAAGGUGUUGGCAUCCGCAUCCCACGAUAAACUGGUGAAAGUAUGGGACGUGACAACAGGAGCUGAGAAGUUCACCCUUCACGGUCACACAGUAGGUAAUUUCUCACUCGGCAUGUCACCAGACGACAAGUACAUCGUCUCCGGCUCCAACGACAAGACGGCAAAGAUCUGGAAUCAGGCUACGGGCAAGCUUGUUAGGACCAUCAAGGGCCACCGACGCGUUGUCUACGCCGUCGGAUUCGGCAAGAACGGCAUUCUUGCCACGGGGUCCAAUGACUGGUCGAUCAAGCUCUGGGACUUGGAGACUGGGGAACUGCUUCGUACGCUCAAAGGACACGAGCAAGGCGUGACCUCGCUGGCUUUCUCCCCAGACCGGUCGCUCAUGGCUUCUGGCGCUUACGACGACAAGGUGAGGAUCUGGGACACCAAUACGUGGGAAACGGUAUGCGUCCUGGAAGGUCACACCGGGCAUGUCUACGGAGUAGCGUUCUCGCGAGAUGGGAAACGCCUGGCUUCGGGCUCUCGCGACAGGACUGUGCGGCUCUGGGAUCUGACCAUCGAGACGAAAGGUUCUGCGGGGAAACCUUCUGCGGCGCAGUGGUCAGCCGGCGUGCCAUUGAUCGUCACCGAGGAGCCAGAUAGAUUAGGGGGCUAA